CAACCGAAAGCAAAGCUGGCAAGUGCUAAAUUUUUCCAGACUUCCUAUUUAUUCUUUCCCAUCGCGACUCGUCGUCCAUCACAGCGACUCUUUCCCUUUCAUUCAUCAACUCUCCACUCAUAUUCUAUCAAAGGUCUUCUUUGACAGAAACCGUCACAAUGUCUGGCGAGAAGCAAUCAGUCAUGGGCAUGCCGCCCUUCGUGGCCGACUUCCUGAUGGGUGGUGUCUCCGCCGCCGUCUCGAAGACCGCUGCCGCUCCCAUCGAGCGUGUCAAGCUCCUCAUCCAGAACCAGGAUGAGAUGCUUAAGGUCGGUCGUCUUGACCGCAAGUACGACGGUAUCGCCGAGUGCUUUUCCAGAACCGCCAAGGCUGAGGGUGUCAUGUCCCUGUGGCGUGGCAACACUGCCAACGUCAUCCGAUACUUCCCUACCCAGGCCCUGAACUUCGCUUUCCGUGACAAGUUCAAGGCUAUGUUCGGUUACAAGAAGGACAAGGAUGGCUACGCCAAGUGGAUGGCUGGUAACCUUGCCUCCGGUGGUGCUGCUGGUGCCACUUCCCUGCUCUUCGUCUACUCCCUCGACUACGCCCGUACUCGUCUGGCCAACGAUGCCAAGAACGCCAAGUCUGGUGGUGACCGUCAGUUCAACGGACUGGUAGAUGUCUACCGCAAGACCCUCGCCUCUGACGGUGUUGCCGGUCUCUACCGUGGUUUCGCUCCCUCCGUUCUCGGAAUUGUCGUCUACCGUGGUCUGUACUUCGGUAUGUACGACUCGCUGAAGCCUGUCGUCCUCGUCGGUCCCCUCGCAAACAACUUCUUGGCCUCUUUCGCUCUUGGUUGGGGUGUCACCACCGGUGCCGGUAUCGCCUCUUACCCUCUUGACACUAUCCGUCGUCGUAUGAUGAUGACCUCUGGUGAGGCCGUCAAGUACAACGGUACCAUGGAUGCUGCCCGCCAGAUCGUCGCCAAGGAGGGUGUCAAGUCUCUCUUCAAGGGUGCUGGUGCCAACAUUCUCCGUGGUGUCGCCGGUGCUGGUGUUCUGUCCAUCUACGAUCAGCUCCAGGUCAUCAUGUUCGGCAAGGCCUUCAAGGGUGGCUCUGGUUAAAUACCCUAAUACCUAUACCCAUUUAGACGACGGACUCGGUGCAGUGGCGGGGAAGAUGUAAUGAUGAAGGCUUGCGAAUGGCAAGGCUGAUAAAAGGAUCAUUGGUGAUGGAUGUUGCGGCAGAAGGCUGUUACAGGCAUCACAUUUGUCAGUGGCGUUCUGGAACAUCAUGACUCGCGGCGAGGACGAAAAAUAGUCCAGCUGCUGUACUUUAGAACCUAGGCAAUUCCCUUGACUGUAUUCUUUCUUCUUGCAACUGCACAUUCCCGUGGAUUCGUUUUCAGGUUGAUCUGGUCAUUCGGUUGUACACGAUUUAUAGACAUCUGUGAAAUGAAAUGAAGAGGUUUACUGAA